GCAUGGAGUUCGAGUGAUAUGAACGACUCGUACUUUGACAUAGACAGUAUUCUUGCUUCUCAAAGGCGUGUCCAAUGCGCGCUGCUUAUCGAUGUCCCGAAAUUGGGUUUCGUGGACACCGGCACCACGAGCGAUAAUCUGAAGACCGGCACGAAACUGGAUCUACCAUGCUGGCUGGCAGAAGGUUUGGCGAAACGUCGUCGGCCGGUUUUAAAGGUGCAUCUCCCUAAAGUAUACGCGUCGACGUACACUAAAAUCUUGGAAGCCGAUGCUCAAGUGGUUGACCUGCGGAGACUUGGCCCGUUCUAUUACGAAUUUGCUCUGCAGGUGAUUCCGAUUGCCAUACCGCAUGCAACGGAUGCCUACUAUAGCCUCAUCCAGACAUUCGUGUCGCGUUUCCGAUGGCUGAUGGACAAAGCGAGUUCAGCAACGUUAAACGAAAAGCCGAUUCGAAUGGACAAAACGGAAGAGAAACUGUUCUGGCUGUGCCAACAGGAACAGAAAAGGUUCCGAAAGUGGCUGAGCUACAAAGGCAACCAAAUCAAAGCGGCACAAGUGGUCAAACAGCGGAAGCGCAGAGAUCAGGCAAAUUCUGAUGGCUGUGGCUCCCCACAUUCGACGACGACCGUCGCAAUUUUGCUACAAAACUUCAGCAACCCUGAUGGAAUGCUGGAAAACGGCGAGGACUGUUGGACUAUUUUUUGGAUGAAGCAGCCGUGCGUUUUCUACAUGAAUAUAACACUUAUUCCGACAAGUGGGAUUAACGACAUGCUGACCUGUUCGUACAAAGAUUUAGGUCAGCUAUGGUCAGCUGUGGCCAACACGGUCAGUUUUUUGCCUGAACAGUUGUACGGCAGUUGGUACAAUCCACAGAACUUUACAUGGAAAGGUGCAUGCAGUGGGUUCACGUUGUCGGUUGAAGUAUACCAUAGAGGUUUACAUGGGUACUAUCUGAUAGACAAUUUUAACGUAACCGUUGGCGCUGAAUCCUUCGCCGGUGAAGUGUCAUUCGUUCAUCAAAGGAACGACAACGUAGACGACACAUCAUUUUCGUUUUCCUAUGAAGUUUCCAGGAGCGAUGGUAAGUGCUGCUCAUGUUACACGCUGUUUACUGUCCAUAGGUUUGGAUGA